AUGCCUCGCCUCAGCACAGGUCCGCGACGGAGCAUGAGCAGGGGCCCUGCUGCUGUGCAAUCCCCGCUCAAAUCCCCUGGCCUCAAAAUCCCAUUAAACGAUGACGCCCAAGAAAAGGAACAACGAUCGCGAGGACGCAAAGCCCUCCAUGAGGCCCAGAUCAACCAGCUCAAGCUCGCCGCGACCGCAAUCGCAACCCCCGCCCGCAGCGUAAUCGACGGCGACAAUGCCAACACCCCAACCUCCAACGGCCCGCGCACCCCGCGUCGCCGCAUCUCCGGCAAGGAGAACUUCUCCAUCCUCGACGAUGACGACAGACCGGUCGUGGGCGGCUCCGUCGUCACCCCCAUGAAGCGCGUCCCCAUUCUGGCCAACUUUGAGGAGUGGAUGAAGAUGGCCACCGACAACAAGAUCAACGCCGCCAACUCGUGGAACUUUGCCCUGAUCGACUACUUCCAUGAUAUGUCCCUACUCAAGGAGGGCGAUGGUGUCAACUUUCAAAAGGCCAGUUGCACGUUGGAUGGGUGUGUCAAGAUUUAUACCAGCAGAGUCGACAGUGUCGCCACGGAAACCGGAAAGCUGCUCAGUGGUUUGGCCGAUAGUCGCGACAGCAAGAAGAAGGAUAGGGGCGAGGGCGAAGAGGGCGGUGAUGACGGCGAAGAAGAGGAGGAGGUGGACGAGAACGGCAAUGUGAUAAAGAAGCGUAAAAGAAAGACCCAACGAUCCUCCGAAGCCACCCUCGCACCCUCUUCGCAUCAAUACAGCUACAAAAAGUUCGAACUCGAAUUCUCAGUAGAUCCGCUCUUCAAGAAAGCAUCAGCAGACUUCGACGAGGGAGGCGCUAAGGGUCUCCUCUUGAACCACCUGAUGAUAGAUUCACAAGGCCGCAUUGUGUUUGACAGCAGCGACGACGCCAACGACACUCUCGAUUCGCGCAAUCAAAAGACUACCGACGAGGAGAACGACCAAGAUGCCGACCCGGACGCCAUGGAUGCGGAUGCGAUGGAAAUCGACGGCCAGCCCGAAAUGAGCCAGACCCGAACCCAACAACAACAAGAAGAGGAGGAGGACGAUGUGGAGAUCGACAUUGGCAGUCUUGGUGCUAGGUUCUUCCCCGAUCUUGGACGACUAGACGAGAUGGAUGUGUGCCCAUCACUCAAGACUUUCAUCCUUGGCGACCCCUCGGGAUCCCUCGACAUUCCCUUCCUCAGAGCGCCGGAGGACUGGCGCCAGGAGCAAGAUAGAGCCAAGACUCCUGGCCUCGGCAACAAAUCCGGCUUUAUUAUCGACGAGGAGAACCCGCUUGGCUUUGACGAUGACGAUGCGUUGGGCGCAUUCGACCUGGGAGGAGACGUUGACGUAGCCUUCGGUGAGGGUGGUGAAGCCUGGGCGCGCGAAGCCGCCAUCGAGCCACAGAUGAUGCGUGUCUUCGAUGCCGGCCUAGAUCUAGGCGAGGGCGAGGGUGGUGACGACGGAGACGGAGUGGAUGGCGAUCUCGAAAUGCUCGACCAAGACAAGGGUGAUUUCGGCAUGGUUAACAUGACCAAUGCCCAAAAGACUGACCGGCUGCACGAGGACAUCCUAAGCUACUUCGACCAAGCCCUGCAAAAGAACUGGAGCAGCGCUGAGCACUGGCGUAUCCGCAAGAUCAAGGACGUCAACAAACCCCAAACGGGCGAAGGACAACAACGCCAGCGCAAGGAAAAGCAAGCAUUCGAGAUCGAUUUCUUUUCUCAAAUGGACCGUACUCUUCAUGACAUCCUGCAUAACCAGGCGACAACCAAUUCCGCCAUCUCCCUUCCCAAAAAGGACUGGAAGUCCAAGUCGCGCAAUCUUUUGCCGGACGACAAGCACUUCAGCUCGAAGCAGCUGCUAAACCUUUUCCUCAAGCCCAAGGCCCGCUUAGGCCGUAAGUCGCAGCGCGCCUUCGGCCGUUCCAAUGCCGACAACCAGAAUCCAGACCAAGUCCCCGAGGGCGCCAUGGACGAAGCCUUCUGGGCGCAACAAAAGGCUCCUCUCAACCAGCCUCUGUCACAAGACGAACAUCUACCGCAGGGCGACUACGACGCAAAUUUCUUCCAAGACGACGGUCUACCGUUUGCCAGCGGUGGAGACGACGAUGACGACGACAUAGACGAGGAGGUCUUUGCCGACGCAAGGGAUCACUUCUCUCCUGGCCCCGGUGGGACACAAGAUGGUGCGGCCAAGGAAGGGACGCAGGGGCUGACGAUGGACGUGGGCAUGACGGGCGCGUUUAAUGGUUUGACGGUUACGAACCCGGCCGAUCUGGCGUUUGGCACGAUGCUGGUUACGCAGAGCAGGAGAGUCAGGCCCGAGUAUGUGCAGUAUGCGAGACGAGCGAAGAAGGUGGAUGUCAGGAGGCUGAAGGAGGAGAUUUGGAAGGGGAUGGGGUUGGAGUUGUUGGAUGGGACAACACCAAAUCCCGAAGAUUCUCUUUUAUCACCACCCUUAACAACCGCAUCCGUGCAACCGCCAGGCUCAUCAGUAGAGCCUGGGAAGGGGGAAGGCUCAGCAGCGGCAGAACCGUUAAAGUUCACAGAAGUCAUGAACUCGCUGCAAAAAGUCUAUCCGAAACAAGCCAUGGACGACAUCUCCACCAGUUACUGCUUCAUUUGCUUGUUGCAUUUGGCCAACGAGCGCGGGUUGGUGAUUGAGAAGAGCGAGGAGUUGACCGAGCUGUAUAUCAAGAAGGAUGCUAGUGCUGUUAUUGAGGAGGGCGGUGGGGACUAG